AUGCCACAAAUUCAUAGUAUCAAUGAACUCCAAGUAGCAAAAUUAUCAAAAGCUUUAGAACAGAUAAAAAACUCAAGCAAUUACAGAAUCAUCAAUGAAAUACAUGCCCAUUCCGUCACUCUCGGCGUGUUCAAUACCCACCAGGACAUAGCCUGCAGACUACUCAACACAUAUGUACAAUUGAAGAAACCGAAUGAUGCCCAGAAACUUUUCGGUCAAAUUCCGAAUCCAGACAUAGUAUCAUGGACCUCUCUUCAGAAUCUUUACCUCAAUAUCGGUCAGCCCAUGAAAGCAUUGAUGCUGUUUUCGAAGUUAAUCGUGUUGGAUUUUGUAAAACCUGAUUCCCAUUCCAUUGUUGCUGCUCUUUCUGCUUGUGCGCGUUGUAAAGACCUUGUAAAUGGGAAGUCAAUUCAUGGAAUGGUUCAUAAAUAUCUCGAGAGACCUAGGCCCGUUGUGCAUAAUGCGCUGAUUGAUAUGUAUUCUUUCUUAUUUCGUCUCUCGGUGUCGUCUUCAAGAAGUCUCAGUUCAAUCACUGAUCAGGCGCAAUAUUCGUCCGGCAAAGAUUUACAUUAUGAUUUUCAGGUUGCAUUGGGGAAUAGAGAGGAGGAAGAAAUAUUUAGAGAAGGAAGAAUGGAUAUUGAAACCAGAGACUAUUCAAAGACUGGUGCCAAUAAUCACCAUGAUCCAAGACCCCCUGGAAGCUUUUAA